GGGUUAAGGAACUAUACUAAUGUGGGGAGAAGGGAACGACUACCGGUAGCUGUCGUCUUUGCUGGUUGUAUGGCGAUGGCGGCGUCAGUGGGCGGAGGCAUUGCAUUUCUGCAUCCACCGCCGGCUGUAGCAGGAUGCCGCAGCGGGCGCCGCGCUGGAGGAAGGCGACAGGAGGAAAACAACAGGUGGUCGGUCAUAGAGGCGUCGCGCAGGGCGCAUCACGUGCGGCUCAGAAAAGAGCUCUUGGGUCAACAGCCAUGGGCGACGUCUUUGUUGGGAGCUCAACUGCCGUGGAGUGUGUUCGUCUCGCAGUCGUCCGGUGGAAGCUGCGGCGGCAGGAAGGGGAAACUGGAAGAUGAGCGGCCUGGGGAGGAUGAGGGAGAAAUGAGGACGACGAGGAGGAGGAGGAGGAGGAGGGGGAGGGUGAAGAGGAGGGGAAGAGGCGAUAGCGGGGAAGAGAGCAGAGGGUGGCAUGCAGGUUUCCUUUUCCCUCUCCCUCUGUCUCCUGGCGGUCUUAAGGCGGGUGGAAUGGGUCCAAGGGCUAGCAUCUUUAAUAGGAGGGACGGAGAGCGCAAAGCCUUGAAGCGAGACGACGGCAGAAUCCCUCCAGAUUCAGCGGGAGCUGCGGAGGAGGAUCGAGGAGGGAAUGGAGGGUUAGUGACGGCGAGGUCCCGGUGGUCAUCCAACGAGGCUCGUUCGAAGCAACUGAAGAGGACGGCAUGGAUUGCCGCCACAUUGUUGAUGGGUGGUGCUGCUGUCUACGGUCAAUUCAAGGCUUGCAGGUACGUAACUGAACGAGUUCUGCCGCCUUUUACCUCAGCCGUUAGUUCUUAUCUGGGGAGAGAAGUGAGCUUAGGAGGUGUCCAAGCAUUGACUCCGCUGGGAAUCAAGUUGGGCCCAUGUUACGUGGGACCAGAUCGACAGGAGUUCUCAUCAGGAGAGCUUGCCUCCGUAGAGAUUCGGAUCAGUCCCGUGGCGAGCAUUCGGCGGCGCGAGUUGGUAUUAGACGCGGUCAUAUCGAAGCCGCAAGUGCUGGUCUGUCAGAAACGCGACUUCACGUGGUUGGGCAUCCCGCCGGUCCAGGAGAAGAAGUCGUUAAGGACGAGUCAGAUGGAUGGGCCGGGCGUGGACGCGCGCACGCGGGCGCGGAGGCACGCGCGAGAAGAAACCAUGGAAAAACAUAUGAAGCGACGAGAUACGGCAGCGAGACACGCGGCGGAAUACGGCUUCAAAACGAAGGAAACGGUCGUCUCGUCAGUAUCUGGGAAAGGAGGGGAGAGGGGAGCGAAAACUGAACAGGCAGCCAAUGGGGAGGAAGGAUCUGGCGCGGGCGCGCUGGAGGAGGAGGGCGCAGGCGAUGAGGAGGAGGAGGAGGAAGAGGACGACGAGGCCCCGCAUUUCUCCCUUCGUGCGAUUGGUCAAUGGGUGGACGAAAUGACGGAGGUGAUGGUGGAGACUCUGGGGGGGUGGGUUGGGCAAUUUGGUUGGCAGGGGGGGGGAUCAGGGCCUGCGAGCGAUGUUCGCGGGAUGCAAGAGAGAGUUCUGCGGCGGAGUGCGACGGCGGCGCUAGCUCACUUCAGCGGCCGGGGGGACCACAUCGACAUCGGGUCGACCACGGACUGGUUGUCGCUGGACCAAGAAGAGGGAUCAAGAAGGUCUGGGGGGGGAGCAAGAACGGAUGUCGCUGGUGUGGAGCAACAGUCUGUGUCUGUUUCUCCGCUCUUUGACGGUCAAGAUAGGAUACUGGACGUGGAGGGCGCAGAGAAGGAGGAAUCGCCGGCCUUUCUCUCCGGGACUGAAGGAGCGGAGAAGGAGGAGGACAUGGUGAUGGGAGGGAGGAGGAGGGUACCUGCGUCUGGUAGUCGCGGAUGGCUGGAGGAGGGGAAGUGGGGGGAACGGGAGGAGGACUUUCAAGCGGGCGAGAACGAGGAGAACGAGAGGGAGGAGGAGAAAAUAGGUACCACCAGCUAUUUUGAGAGCAUGGGAGGAGAGGAUGGAAGGGAAUCGAACCACGAGGAGGGGAUUGUCGAGCAUCCAGGAGAAGGUCAACCGCUCCCGGCGGUCAGGCAAGUUGUGGGCAAUGCAGCGACAGCGACUGCGGAGGAAGGAACCAGCAGCGUAACUGAUGGUGGAGGUGAUGGCGUGGGAGUUCUGGGAAUCACCUUUGAAGGGAAAGGAAGGGCGGGCGCGAAGAAGAAGAGGGGGAGUCGAUUCGGAGGAAAGCUAGCACGCGGCGAGGGCGGGAGUUUACGGCCUCUGGACUCCGUUUUGCAACAACAACAAAAACCGAAGAUCGCCGCCGCGGUACACCCUCACCCUCACCCUCAGGAGGAGGCGUUGAGGAAAAGCCAGCAGCAGCAACCGACGAAGGCUCCGGUACAUGCGCAGGAAAUGACGAAAAGCCAGCAGCAAACUGCUCCACGUGUGGGUGUGAGCGGCGUCAGCAGCAGUAGGGGAAGAGGAGGGGAAGAGCGGGAGGCGAAGGAUGGAGAUGGAGAAGCUGCAGGAGGAGGAGGAGCGGGAGGAGGAGUGGCGCCAAGAACAUACGAGAAAGGGAAGUUGGGAGAGAAUGGCAUCGUACAUCCUCCGCCUGUGGAGAGGGCUGCUGAAGAAGUAGAGAGGUCGUCGGAGGAUACACCCAUCGGCAUCGUGACCGGCCUGGAAAGCGAGACGGUUGUUCCUGCCGCACAGGAGCUUGGGGAUGGGGAUGACGUUUUGUUGUCAAAGGGAGACGUGCAGGGGGGGGGGAUAAUAGUAGACGAUGAGGGUGGGGUUGGGAGAAAGCAGCAGGAGCAUUCCGACGUGGAGAGCUCAGGGCGAGGAGGAGGAGGAAGGGAGGAAGGAACCAACGAAGGAGGAGAAAGUCCGAUUCUUCUCCCAAUGACGACGACGAGGAGGAGGAGGAUCUAUGGCCGUGCGGAGGGCCGCUCUUCCGCUGCCAUCGAGAGAUGGGUGAGAAGUCAGAAGUGGGCUUCCUCUGCCUCCGAUCAAGCCGCUGCGAUUAGAAAGCGUCUUGACGUGGAGACAAGAUUGGCGAGGUUGGCGCUUCUGAAGUCGGCUGGAGUAAGGAGAGGAGUAGCUAUAGCCGUCCAUGCGAGAGAGACAUGGCAUAGAGCCCUGAAGAGAAUCCAGGAGGAACAGGCAGUAGUAGAUCGUGUGGUGAGAAGUGUUCAGCUUUUGCGCUUGAGGUCCGAGGCAGGAUGGACGGUGGUGAGCAGUUGGAUCGAAAAAGAAUUGUGCGGAGGAGGUGGUACUAGUAGUAGUAGUGGUAGUAGAAAAAUUCCACAGAGGGUAUCGGAGGCGAUUGCAGACUUGGGGAAAUGGUUGAACAGUGUGGGGGAUUCUGCACAGGGCAGAGCCGCCAGAUCGGAAAUGAGGCAGGCAGUGAAAGGAGAGGUUUCAAAGAGAGCAAGGGCUGGAAAGAGGGGAGCGAAGGGAGAUGGGAGGAGGGUGAGGGGUGGUAGGAAAAAGGCGGGAAUUGUCAAGGCAAGCGAAGGCGGAGCGAGAGUGAGCGUUGCGCUUGGAACUAUCUGGAUUCGCGAGGGGGUUCUCAUGCUCUUGGCGUACGGCGACGAUGCACCCAGGCAUUUGGAGCACCUGAGCGGGUCUGUGCGACUGGGUAAGAAUUACCAGAGUGUGCAUGUUGACGUGAAGGGAAUGGCACAGGAAUGGAGGUCUGGAAACGUAAAUGGCGAUGGUGGCAAGGUAACCGUUGGUGUGAACGUGGACAUCAAGAAUUCGAAAUGGAGCUGCAGAGUUAAGGGCACAAACUUGUACGCACCGGUUCUUGAGAGCCUUCUGGAGGUGCCUGUCAAGAUAACAAAUGGGCGGUUGAAUGGCGAGGUGUUCCUACAUAUGGGGCCUGGAGAUGUCUUUCCAACAUUCCGUGGCCGAGUGGAUGUGCGGAAUGGAGACAUGCACAUCUUUGAUGCGCCUUCGCCUUUCACGGGAAUAAAUAUGCAGUUGUAUUUCGAGAAGGAGCGCAUGUACAUGCAUGAGGCUACUGGUCAUUAUGGUGCAGUUCCACUGACGGUUUCCGGUGACAUGGACCUGAAUCCUGAUGGAGGGGAGUACCGAUUGAGCUGCCAGGUAUCAGCUGUCGAGGCAAAUGCAUUGAUGAAGACAUUAAAAGCGAGACCACCACCUUACAGUGUGGCUGGGAUGGUACGUGGAGUGGUGUAUUGUCGCGGGCCCUUGGAUGCUCCUAUAUUUGAGGGAAGUGGAGAGGCAUCUAGUAAGCAUGCCCAUAUGGCAAUAACUGGCGCACCAGUUUCAUAUGCAGUUUCGGCGAUGAGCAAUAAUGAGGGUGCAGUAGCAGCCUACGACCGUCUCCCUUUUGCCAAUGCAUCAGCAAAUUUCACGUUUGAUCUUGAUUCUGCGGCAGCUGACAUAUUCGGCAUUCGGUUGAUUCCACUGGGAGGCGGUGAAAUCACUGGAGCGGGCAAGGCCUGGAUCUGUCCAGAGGCAGAGUUUGAUCCGACAGCCUUGAGUGUGGAUAUGCGUGCACACUCAUUACCAGCAGACUCAAUGCUGCGCCACUACCUUCCUGCAGGAUUUGAAAUGCCUGCUUUCAGCUUCGGUGGAACAACUGCUGAUGUAAAGAUGAGGGGCUCUCUUCUAAUGCCAACAAUCGAUGUGAGGUGGGAUGCACCAGAAGCAAUUGGGUCCCUGGCAGGUGCUGGUGGAGAUGUGAGCAUAUCACGAGAGGCUAUCAUGAUAAAGGCACAGUCAUCCACCUUUGAUCUGAUGGCAAAGAUUCACACAUCGUAUCCGGUUCCCCCAUUGAAUUCCGAGGAAAUGAAAGAGAAAACACUCGGUGAUGCCAUUGCAGCAGCAAAGCCCCAGGUUGAAGGUCUUGACAUGGACUUGCGGCUAAAAGGUUUCGAUUUGCUUGGUCUCUCCCGAAGCAAGUCUUCCCUGCCCCCCCUUCCUGCACCCCAAGGGGUUCUUCUCAAACUUGCUGGAAAGGUGAAAUUCAGUGGGAGAGUUCCCAGAGGUGACGAUGAUGGAGGGGGGGUAAGCGGAACCCGAGCGAAAGAGGUGGAAACAUUUUGGACUGUUCCAACAACAAGUGGGAAGUUAUUAACGAGGGCGGAUGAUGAUGUUAAUCUCAAGGGGCCAUUCGAUGGGGAUGAUGAUGGAGACAGUCUGGACCGGGGUGGUGUGAAAAUUGGCAUCAGAAGGAGGGAAGUGUUCCCAGGGAUGAGUGGCAAAGUGGUCAUAUCUGGCCUUAAGCUGAACCAACUAUCUCUUGGUCCACAGCUUGAUGGUGAAUUGCACGUUUCUUCUUCUGGCUGUAAGAUGACCACAAAAGGUCGCCCUGAUGAGCAGCUGAACGUGGAUUGGUCCAGUGCUGCAUCUCCACCUGUUGCCACAGAUAAAUCAGCUCAAGCUGACAGUUUUGGUUCAGGUUCUCCAGCUACGACCGCUUCGGCAGUGCAGAAGGCAGGGGCCAUGUUUAUGCUACAGAGAGGCCUGCUAAAGACACACUUGAUCAUAAAGCCUGGCAUUCUGAGGCUGGAGGUCAGGAACCUGCAGCUGGAUGAGCUUGAACUGGCAUCGUUGCGAGGUGAAGUGGAGAAGGCAGAGAUCGUGUUGAACUUCUUGAAAAGGAAAGGACAUGGGAGUCUCUCUGUUUACAAGCCAAGAUUCAGUGGACUGCAUGGUGAAUCUCUUGAUUGCGGCUUCCGUUGGUCCGGAGAUGUGGUAACAAUUGAGAAGAGCUUGCUUGAACAGUCAAACAGUCGCUAUGAGCUUCAAGGGGAGUAUGUGCUUCCAGGUACUUCACGAUCCUCCAGCGCUGAGAAUCAGACUGCAGCCUUCUUUCCAAAGGUGAUGGCAGGUGCUGACCAUCUCAAGUGGAUUAGCACAUGUGGAAGAUGGCGAAUCCGUCUGGAUGUGCCACGAGCCGAGGUGGCCGAGAUGCUUCCUGCUGCCCGUCUGCUUUCCAGGAGCAGAGACCCUGCUGUUGUUAUCAGGUCAAAGGAACUUUUCUUUGAAGGAGUGAAGAAUGCUGGUUUUAAGGCGAAGAGCUUGAAGGAUCAUCUUGAGCAUGUUCAGAAAUCCAAGGUCUACAAUCAACCUGAUGAAUCAACAGAGCCAAUCCCUCUGCCUGGGCUAGCAGAAUUGAAGGGACGAUGGCGUGGAACAUUGGAAGCAAGUGGUGGAGGGAAUGGUGACACAACGGCUGAUUUCAAUUUGAGUGGUGAGCACUGGGAAUGGGGCACGUACAAGAUGGACAUGGUGACAGCUGUUGGCGGAUAUAAGUGCGAUGAGGGGCUUACUCUUGAGAAACUUCUAAUAAAGAAGGAGGAUGCAACUCUGCAUGCAGAUGGGAUACUAUUUGGUCCAAAACCAAACCUUCAGUUUGCUGUGCUCAACUUCCCUGUCGAUCUGGUGCCCCCGUUGCUGCAUGCUGUGAAGUCUUCAUCUCCAGAGUCGAUUCCUACCCCACCUUCAUCUGCCCCACGCUCCCUUCCGAUGAAAGGCAUUCUGCAUAUGGAAGGAGAGCUCAGUGGCUCACUUCGAAAGCCCCAGUGUGAGGUGGUGAUUCGGCUGCAUGAUGGAUCUAUUGGCGGCAUCAACCUAGGGCGUGCUGAGGUUGCUGCAUCCAUAACUUCCACAAACCGACUGGCAUUUUACGCUAUUUUGAAGCCAGCACUGGAUGGGGGUUAUGUUCGGGCCGGAGGGAGUGUACCUCUAAGAGUGGAGGAAAGCAAUGGGGGUGAGGAGGAGGAAGAGUGGGAGGAUGGUGGGAGGGAAAGGGAAAGGGAUCGGAAAAGGGAAGAACAGAGGGACAGAGAAAAGGUAAGGGAGAGGGAACGAGAAAAGGAGCGGGAGCGGGAAAAGAAGCGGGAGAGUGCAAAUGAGGAUGAAGAAGGCAGUGAGAUCAAUGAGGAGGAAAGGGGCAGCCGGUUGAUGGAAUGCUUGAGGAAGUUGGACAGGGAAGGAUUUGAAAAAGGUGAACUUGAAAUUGACGUUGCUGUGAAGGAUGGGGGGAUGAUGCUCCUGACGGCUGUGUCUCCGCAGAUAAGGUGGCUACAGGGUACAGCUGCUGCCACACUGAAGGUCCGUGGUAUGAUGAGCCAUCCUAUUGUGGAUGGUAUGGCAUCAUUUAGUCGCGUGAUCAUCUCAUCACCUGUACUUCCUCGACCUCUUUCCAAUCUUGGUGGAACAGUGCGCAUUGAGAAAAGCCAUGUGUUUGUUGAUUCCAUGGAAGGACGUGUUGGGCGGAGAGGGUACUUACAGAUGAAGGGAAGCUUGCCACUUCUUUGGGGCCCUGCAGGCGGGGACGGUUAUCAGCACCCAAAGGCCAUGAAGGGGGAAGGUAUAAAUAUAAGAGCGGAUGCCCUUGAAGUCAGAGCACGGAACGUGUUCAGUGGCCAGGUUGACAGUCAGAUGCGUGUUAAUGGCUGUCUUCUAGAGCCAGAAGUGACUGGAAACAUUAAGCUCAGCCGAGGAAUCGCCUACCUGUCGCAGGAAAAGGUGCCACCACAGAAUCAUGCCUCUGCCAUUGCACCCACGCAUCCUGGGGGUGGCAUAGCUUGGAUGGCUGCAGCAGGGAGUCUGAUGAAAAGUCCAAAUGCUGUUGAGGUUGUCCCAGUCCCUGAGCUUGAGGGUGCUGCGACAGGUGAGCCAGAAAGUGGAGUGGUGAAAGUGGAACCAGCCUCUCCUGUUGCUGUAAGGUUGAGAGGACUGAAGUUGCUCCUUGGACCUGAGCUGCGAAUGGUCUAUCCCGUCAUUCUGAAUUUCGCGGUUAGUGGUGAGCUGGAGCUCAAUGGAUAUGCUGAUUCACAGCAAGUGAAGCCCAAAGGAACAUUGACUUUUAUAAAUGGAGAUGUCAACCUUGUGGCCACUCAGUUGAGAUUGAAUCGUGACCAUCCCAACCGGGCGAAGUUUGAACCAGAACAGGGCUUGGACCCAACACUUGACCUGAAGCUGGUGGGCGCUGAUUGGCAGCUUAAGGUUCAAGGGCGAGCAAGGAAUUGGCAGGACAACUUGGUGAUAACCAGCACUCGAACUGGUGAAGAGGAUGCACUUACUCGCACAGAGGCUGCACGAGUGUUUGAGAGCCAGCUUGCGGAGUCAUUACUGGAGGAAGAUGGUCAACUAGCAUUCAAGAAGCUGGAGGCUGCAACUGUUGAGACAUUGAUGCCCAAGAUAGAGACAAAGGGCGAGUUUGGCCAGGCGAGGUGGAGACUGGUUUAUGCUCCACAGAUACCUAACCUGCUUUCCAUGGACCCGCUAUCCGACCCAUUCAAAUCCCUUGCCAACCUGUCACUUGGCACAGAGGUGGAAGUGCAGCUGGGAAAACAUUUGCAGGCAUCCUUUGUCCGCCAGCUUAAGGAAUCGGAGAUGGCGACCCAGUGGACUCUUCUGUAUCAGCUCAACAGUAAGCUGAGGCUCUUGUUCAGCAACACAUCUUCUGUAGAUAACCGAUUGUUAUUCGAGUAUUCUGCAUCGUCACAGUCCUGAGUGCAGUUGGGAAAACAUUUGCAGGCAUCCCUACUCCGGCAACUGAAGGAGUCGGAGAUGGCGAGGGCGAGUCAUUUGGCGACCCAGCGAAACUCUUCUACACCAGCUCAACAGUAAGUUGAGGCUCUUGAUCAGCAACACAUCUUCGGUAGGUGAUCAUUUGUUAUUCGAGUGUUCUGCAUUGUCGCAGUUCUGAGCGUAGUUGGGUUUAGGGUGUAGGGUCUGUCCGUCAAUUGAAGGAAUCGGAGAUGGCGACCCAGUGGACUCUUCCAUAUCAGCUCAACGGUAAGGUGAGGCUCUUGUUCAGCAACCCAUCUCCGGUAGGCAGUCGUUUGUUAUUCGACUAUCCUGCAUCGUCACAGUCCCGCAUGCAGUUGGGUUUAGGGUUUAGCGUCUGUCCGGCGAGUGAAGGAAUCGGAGAUAGCUACACAGUGGACUCUUCCAUAUCCGCUCAACAGUACGGUGAGGCUCUUGUUCAGCAACACAUCUUCGGUAGGCAAGCAAUCGUUUCUUAUUCGAGUAUUUUGCAUCGUCACAGUCCUGAGUGCAGUUGGCUUUAGGGUUUACGGUCUCUCCGGCAAUUGAAGGAAUCGGAGAUGGCGACACAGUGGACUCUUCCAUAUCCGCGCAACAGUAAGGUGAGGCUCUUGUUCAGCAACACAUCUUCGAUAGACUCUCUGUUGUUACGGACUAUUCUACAUCAUCACAGUCCUAAGGAAGAGGAAAGCUGAUAGAACUCCAAGUGUCGUCAUCACCGGCAGCACUCACAUCUCGCAAUGUCACAAGGCAGAACGCCUGUCGGUGAGGGUUCCAGAGGAGAGCGAGCAGCAGAGAGGGAUCGGUCGAUGUUUGCGGGAGCAACAGAGAGGGAUUGGUCGAUGUUUGCGGGAUCAGGUGGAGGCAAUAAAGGCCAGGGGCUGGAGUGAGGGGAGAUGUUGUGUGCAGUCUUUUGCAACCAGAAAGAGCAUCCAGCUCUCCUGUCGUAAAGGAGGAUGGAGCGUAAAAUUAUCGGAGAGCAGAUCAAGUGAAACUGGCUGGUGGUGGGGAAUCAAUCAAACGGGUAAUCGUCAUGACGCUUGCAUGAGGCAGGAGGGAGCAGGAGGGCUACCUUGUUCACCUUUUCGAAGUUCGUUGUCAUAUCCGUCUAUACUACUCUAUCGCGCAAAUCUGAGAGGAACAUACUAUUCUGAUAGUACUCUGGAGUCAGAUGCCAGGUGUCUGGGCUGGAAAAGCCUGUCAGGUGUUUCAGAGUAUUACUGCUCCCGGGCAUUUCUGCUUUUCAGACUGCGCUCCGCUAGUCGCGAAAAUUGGGGUGUUGACGAGUCGGAAUGGAUGGGAAGUCUGGAAAGCAUAGGCAGGCGCGCCGCUUUUGCGGCGGGCCUUGCGUCCGGUCUGUGUCAAUUGUUGUCCAUGUAGGCUUUACCAUCGCAGAGAAUAGAUCUUUCGCAUAAGGCAUGCCGUGUGCGACGAUCGCCCUUUCUGCCUGUCUCUGUGCAGUUCAUGGACGAGGGACGCAUGCUUAUGGGUGCCAUCUCUUUCUUCCAUUAGUCGAAAAGACUUGAGGAGGAUGUGUGUCGUCCAAAUGAUUUACCUGGGUACGAAUAAAGCUCUUCCGCAAUGGAGGUGUCGAUCAGUGGAGAGUGCGAGUAAACUGCAUCCAUCACACGCCUUUGUGUGAGCAUCACACGCCUUUGUGUGAGCAUGUGAGAUAGUGUGUGACUGCUUGAUGGUGACAUGCGAGCUGAUUAUGGAGAAGGAUGUGACAUCAUAAUGGAGAGGCGGAUGGCACAAAUGUCCCUGCAGCCAGGUAAGCAGGAUUUGUUUUACUGCUCUCUUUUUCUCCUUUAUUUAUCUACCCACCGUAUGUAUUCUCAGCAAUCUUCGUAUGCUGGCAGACCUCGUUGUGCUCAGGUACCGCAAUUCUAGGACGAUCCUCCCUCGCGUGCGGAAGGAAGGAAGCGUAACUGGUGCUUCUUUUGUUAUCAGUGGUCUUCUCCAGCUCCAGGUUUGGUCUUACUGUGACAAAAUCUCUCCUCUUCUCUGCCUAUUUUGAAGUCUCCUGGAUUUACCUGCGAGAGUGUGAGAUGAUGUGCCGAAAGAAGCCUAGAUCAAGUUUAAUGAACUUCAAUGAAGAGCAAAGCUUCGUUGCCAAAGCGUCUCUCUGCUUUUUCAACUGCGCUUGUCAGUUUGCCAGAGGUUCAUAAGUUCAUAUGCUGAAUUUUUAGGGCCCUUGAAUCAGGCUUGGGGAUUGCGGACAAGGAUGCAAUAGGUAGCUGGACAAAUGAAGGGUAGUGAAACUGACAUGGAGUGUUUCUCCUCCUCUCCUCCCCAAGCAAUGUUUACCCCACAGUGAGAAUUCAGUUCAUGAACUUCACGUUGCUUUAGCGCAUUUUGUUGAGACCAAAUCCCCAGUAAUGAAUCAACUUAUGACAG